UUCUAAUCACUUACACGUCGUUCACCGAACACGUGGAUUGGAAUGAGUAAUAAAAUUCCAUAACCAUUAGAUGAAAUGUAACAUCUGUAAUCUUGCCAUUAAAAUAUAGUAUUUAUAUUUGGCCUGAAGCUGAUGCAACUUAUACACAAAACCUACUAUUAUUAAGAUUUGACAAAAUAUGGCACCAGCUCAAAACCAAAUCACUUCUAAACACGUGGCAGUGAUCGGAGCCGGACCAGCCGGUCUCAUAACGUCUAGGGAGCUCCGUCGUGAAGGUCACAGUGUAGUUGUGUUUGAACGGGAGAAACAAGUCGGUGGUCUAUGGGUUUACACACCUAAAUCCGAUUCCGAUCCACUUAGCCUUGACCCCACCCGAUCCAAAGUCCACUCGAGCAUCUACGAGUCUCUCCGAACCAAUGUCCCGAGAGAAAGUAUGGGUGUCAGGGACUUCCCGUUUUUGCCACGUUUCGAUGACGAGUCAAGAGACGCGAGACGUUAUCCAAAUCAUAGGGAAGUUCUUGCGUAUAUUCAAGACUUUGCUAGAGAGUUUAAAAUAGAGGAGAUGAUCCGGUUCGAGACCGAGGUGGUUCGCGUUGAACCGGUUGACAACGGGAACUGGAGGGUCCAGUCGAAAAACUCCGGCGGGUUCUUGGAAGAUGAGAUCUAUGACGCCGUCGUGGUUUGCAAUGGUCACUAUACAGAACCAAAUAUUGCUCAUAUUCCUGGUAUAAAAUCGUGGCCAGGAAAGCAGAUUCAUAGCCACAACUAUAGAGUUCCUGAUCCAUUCGAAAACGAGGUGGUGGUGGUGAUAGGAAAUUUUGCGAGUGGUGCCGAUAUUAGUAGGGACAUAGCUAAGGUCGCAAAAGAAGUCCACAUUGCGUCUAGAGCAAGGGAACCCCACACAUACGAGAAGAUUUCCGUUCCCCAAAACAAUCUAUGGAUGCAUUCCGAAAUCGACACCACCCAUGAGGAUGGGUCGAUUGUUUUCAAAAACGGGAAGGUGAUAUUUGCUGAUAGCAUUGUGUAUUGCACCGGGUACAAGUAUAACUUCCCAUUUCUUGAAACAAAUGGCUAUUUGCGCAUUGAUGAAAAACGUGUUGAACCUCUAUACAAGCAUGUCUUUCCACCAGCGCUUGCCCCUGGACUUGCUUUCGUUGGUUUGCCAGCAAUGGGGAUAGUAUUUGUUAUGUUUGAAAUCCAAAGCAAAUGGGUGGCAGCAGUCUUGUCAGGACGAGUUACACUUCCCUCAACAGAUAAGAUGAUGGAAGAUAUUAAUGCGUGGUAUGCGUCGCUUGAUGCCUUAGGUAUUCCCAAGAGACAUACUCAUACGAUAGGUAGAAUUCAGGUAAGUUCGUCAUAUUCCGAAUAAAACUACAUGUCCUAUAAAUAUGUCAAAAUAGUUUCAAACGUAGAUUUCUAAAAAAAAAAAAUCAUGUGAAAAAUAUUAAAACAAAAUUCACAUGUUUUAAUAAUUAAAACUUUUUCAUAUCAUCAUAAAAAAAACCAAGUGCGCUUGAAUUUCGGAUUUACAAUUACUAAAUAUAAAUAUUUUUAAUUAAUUGCUUAAAAUAUGGAUUUUUUAAAUACUUUGAAUAUAAAAUUAAAAUUACAUGUAAACAAACAACCAAAUGCAUAUACAUAUUCUUUUUGUUAAAGAAUCAUAUGCAUAUUAUCGACUCAAGAAGAGCAUCAUGUCAAUAACUUUUUUAAGAAAACUUAAUCUCUCUAACAGAGUGAGUACCUCAAUUGGGUCGCGAAAGAAUCUGGUUGUGAACUCGUAGAACGUUGGAGAGGUCAAGAAGUUGACGGCGGAUACCUGAGACUUGUGGCCCAUCCAGAAACUUACCGUGAUGAAUGGGACGACGAUGAACUCAUAGAAGAAGCGUACAAUGAUUUUUCUAGGAAGAAGUUGAUUAGUGUUGAUCCUUCUUAUUACCUCGAAAAUGGAAGAUGAUCUGCGCCAAUAGUGCCGACUUGUUUUUCUUUUCUGGUAGGUGGGUUGAUUCCAAGCCUUCAAUAAAUUGCAAAACUAUUGUAAGCUUUACAAUUUACAAAAAAAAAAAAAAAAAAAAAAAUUGUAAGCUUUACAGAGGAGGGUUAAGCUAUAUUGUAUGCCCUUGUUGUUUUAAAUUAUUUUUUACAUUUCUGUUUGGCUUUUUGAUCGUUUAGUUUUAAAUAUGUGCUUCCAUUUGUAUGUGAUUUGCAUUUUUGAGAUUACGUUUAUUUAGUGUUCCGACUAGUCAUCUAUCGUAGGGGAAUUUUUUUAAUAUGAACGCGAAAAUCG